CGCCGCCGGGAAAGUGACAGGAGAGCUGCGAGUUGUUGACAUUUUUUCCCACAAGUCUUCUUUAUUUUGUGUUGCACAGACAGAAAUGGACGACCAGGGGUGUCCGAGAUGCAAAACAACCAAAUACAGGAAUCCUUCGCUGAAGCUGAUGGUGAACGUCUGCGGCCACACGCUAUGCGAGAACUGCGUGGAGAUGCUGUUUGUGCGUGGCUCGGGUAACUGCGUGCAGUGCGACACACCCCUGAGGAAGAGCAACUUCCGUGUGCAGCUCUUCGAAGACCCCACUGUAGAUAAGGAGGUAGAGAUUCGCAAGAAGGUGCUGAAGAUAUACAACAAGAGAGAUUUUGACUUCCCCAGCCUGAGAGAUUAUAACGACUACCUGGAGCAAGUGGAGGACAUAGUCUUUAACCUGACAAACAACAUUGAUGUGGAGAACACCAAACUGCAGAUGGAGCAGUACCAGAGGGAGAACAAAGAUCUCAUCCAGAGGAAUAAGGCUAAACUGACGCGUGAGCAGGAGGAGCUGGAGGAGCUGCUGUUGCUGGAGCAGCAGGGCAACGAGCAGCGGAGGCUAGAGCUGCUGCAGGAGGAGCAGAGGCAGCUACAGGUCAAGAGGAAGAACAAGCAGGCUCUGCUGGAUGAACUGGAGCAGUCUCAACUUCCUGCCACCAUCUUGCUUGCCCAACACAAGGUCCGUGCUGCCAAGCUGGAGACUGAAAUAGAGCAGCAGAAACAGAUGGUCAAACCUACCAAUCUGUUUUCAACUGGAAUCCAUAUGCGUCAGACGGUGUCUCUUCAGCCUGCUCCAAAGAUAGAGGAAGUUCUGUACCACUACAAGCCUCUUCAAGUUGAAACCUAUGGACCCCCAGUGCCAGAACUGGAGCAGCUGAGCAGAUUCGGGUAUCUGAACCACGUGCGGGCUGCCAUGCCUCAGGACACAGCUGGAGGAUACAGCUCAGCUUUGGCGUGUCAUCGAGCCAUUCAGGAUGCUUUCAGUGGGCUGUUCCUCUGAG